GAGUAGUUUGCAAGAUAUUGUGUAGGCACGACCCUCAGUACAUACAGAAAAAUGCCGCGGCGAUACCUACGAGUGCCCGGCGUUUCCUUCGCGAGCUGGUACGUGGGUCGGCCUCGGUGAAAUAUUGGGGCCCCGUCAAAAGAUAAUGUACACUUCCUUCGGCUUUUAUAUCUGUGAAAUUUACAAUGCCCUUCUCGACACUCGCUCCUAUGAAUGGAAAUUACUAUCUUAAGAGUUUAUCAAGGUCAGGCGGAUGCGGUACCGUGCACACUGGAUUUACCUAUCUACUACGACUUUAGUACAUACCACCGGAUCAAUGGCUUUAGUCAAAUCAAAGUUCACUCCUUGACCCCCCCACCUUACGGCGAGGCGCGGCAAUUCGGCCGCAAACGAACGAUCCCGAGGCAUUUUCAGUGUCGAUGCGAACGUGACGCGGCUCGCCGGUUUUAUCGCUUGAAUUUCGUGUUUGCGUAGUUUGAAUUUACCGCCAUUAUGAUGUGGGACAACGAUCGCACCCUGUGUUUCAUCAAGGAGUUCGAGAAAAGACCGGUGUUAUGGAGGAAAACGGAUAAGUCGUACUUUAACACGGAGCAAAAGGAUCAGGCCUGGAGGGAGAUCGGUGAGAUUUUCGACGAGAAGGUUGGGGUGCUGAAGAAGAAAAUCGACAGUUUGAGGGGCUCGCGUCGCAGGGAGAAACACCGGAUUUUGAAGAGGCAACUCGCAGGAAACGGUGCAGAACCUUAUGUGACCAGAUGGUUCGCUUGGGACAGCUUGAAGUUCUUGGACGAGUGGGAGGGUCACACGCCACCGGUGAGUUCCCCCUCGGAGCUGGAAGAGACCUUAAGAACCUCCACAUUCCAGGCAAAUCCGGAAGAAAUCACUAUAAAAGAUGAGCCAGUAGAUCUGGACGAGGGCACUCUAGACUCUUAUCUCAGCGAUCAGGUAGUGAUGACAAAUGAACCGGGAAAACGUUCCGACUGGAAACAGGAGAGCAAGCAAGCCCUCGUCGUAAUCAAGCCCUCCAGAAAACGAAAAUUUUCUGAGCAUAUUAAAGACGACGAAUGUGCCCUCUUUGGGGCAUACAUAGCGGAAAAAUUGAGAAAAUUCGACGAUAAGACCAGGAUCACUUUGCAGCACGACAUCCACGGCCUUUUGUUCCAGGCAGAAGUGAAGAAUCUAAUGGUUCCUCCGCAGAUGCAGUGUCCAGACUCCUCGGAUUCGGACCACAGUUUCGCCCCCUCGCCUAUACCGCCCUCACCUAAGUCAACGAAAUAGGUUUUACAUGUAAAAUUGUCUAUGUAAUGCAUGUAUUUAUGUAAAAUUUUUUUUUUGUUCAAUAAAUGAAAGUUUAUCUUA